GCGCAAUAUGGUUCAUGGGGUCACGAAGAGUCGGACACGACUUAACGACUAAACAACAACAACCUCUGAUAUGACAGAGUAGUAGUCGUUUUGGGCCUAAGAGAGCUAGCCUCUAAUAAGGUUUUAUGCUGCCUUAUGAGAGACUUUAUCUUACUGCAAGCAUCUUGAUAACUACAAAUAAAAGCAGAAAAGGAGAAUAUGGACAGAAUAUUAUAACCAGCUCCUGCUGCGCUCUCCUGAAAUAACCCUAGUCGCACUGAUGAAGAUCAGAACCUGCUGAAAAAAUAUGAGAGUCCAUAGAAGUAAAGAAAUACUUCGUUGCAUUCUUGGUUACUCCUAUAUCAUAAUCCUGUUAUUGAUUCCUUUAUCAGACAAUGUUGAAUUGAAUUCCCCCUUAUUUGUCAUUGGAAGUGUCAGCCAAGAUGUCAUCCUACCAUGCCAUGUCAAUUUUAAGACUCAAGUAAAACUUAAGGAAAUUCAGUGGAACAAAAAAGUCAACCGUACCAUCCAGAACAUCUAUCGAUUUACAGCAUCUAUUGGUGAGGCAAUCUAUGGGCAGGACUAUAAGGCCAGAGCAGUCAUUUCCGAAGAAGGAUUGAACACUAGAGAUGUCUCCUUGAAGCUGGAAAAGGUCCAGAUGUCUGAUGAAGGAAGCUACAGUUGCUUUGUCAAGUCAGCUGAUGACUGGAUUGAUCAGGUCCAAAUAGUACUUCAUGUUGAAAAUUCAAAAGGCAACUCAUCAACUUCAUCUUCCUUGAACUGGAUGCUUCCAUUCUUUUUCAUCACAAUUAUUCUAUUUCUUGUUCUAAUAGCUGCACUUUUUUAUUGCAAGAGAAAAGAAAAAAAAAGGAAGACCCAGAUGAGAGAUUUAAAAAAUAAUACAAAUCUUCUUCAAGGAGACCGGGUGGAAGAAAAAGAACAACCCCAAGAAAACAGAGUACUGCUUUCACCAUUCAAAAUACAAGAUACGCAGAACCAGUUGGAAAACCUGCAAGAAGAAAACAAAACUCUGAAGAAAGAACAUGGUGAGUCUCAUAAAACGUUUCGGCUUCUCAGCAGUUAAACCAAAGAGAAUAUAACUGUGUAUCACAAUUUUCCUACUUUAGACAAAGCAUUAAUAUAAUUCGUUCAUGCACAGUUCUGAUUUGAAACUAUGAGUGCUCCCAGGAAGGACUUAUAUGUAGAAACCCUUUCUUUCUCCACCUCAAUGUGGCAAUAAUAUGUUG